AUGCCGAUGGACCUCUCCGUCACUGUGCCCUCACCCACCCCUGCCCCUCAAUGGCUGCAGGACAUUGAAAAUCAGCUUCUCAUCCGCAACGCGGUGGAGCUAAAGCCUUCGCAGCUGAUCUUCGACAGCUAUACCACUCUUCAUGCCUCGGUGCUACACCUACAAGCAGUGGAAGAUGAGCGGCAACAGCUGCGGAUGGAGCAGAGUCGGCUCACGGAGCGGGUCCGAGAGCUCGAGCGGGCGGCUGCCAACACGUCUGUGCAAACUUCGCGCGAGCGUGAGUUGGAAGCGAAGAAGGAUGCCCUGCAAGAUCAGCUGCAGCUGUACACGCAGCGCGAAAGUGACUACUACAAGGGACUGGCAGAGAUGACGGCACUAAAGGAGAAGAAAGAGAAGCUAGAGCUUAGGUCAAGCAAGCUGGAAGCCGAGCUGGAGCAGCGCACAGCAGAGCUACAGUUGCUGCACAAGGAGUACACCUCCCUCCGCGACGAGUACAGCCGUGUACGGCUGACGGUCAGCGAGGCUGAUCGCUACCUACGCGAUGUUAAGACCGCAAACGAGAAGAUCGCGCAGCUGCAGUACCGUAUCGUGGCGCUAGAGUCCGAGGUGAAUAUGCUACGACGCAGAUUGCAGGCAGCCCUACAAGGGGAUAUCGCCGCCGCCGUGGACGAAAACGCGAGCGCGAACGCAAACGAAGAUGGCGAGGGCACAGCAAUGACCCCGAGCCCCAUCUGUCGAAAUUCCAGCCUGCAUACGGACCCGCACACGGCCAUCUCGUCGAAUUCCCUCGGCGCAGAGCCCAGUCGCGCCUCCAUGAUUAUCCCAGAGGCGCACAGUGGUAGCACGCUGCACGGGCUGUGUGUACUGGAUGACGGCAAGCAUUUUCUGACGUCGGGAACCGACAAACACAUCCGCCUCUGGAAUCGUCAAAGCGCGCAGGCGGAGAAGUACUUUUCCUCAAACAGCAUUGCCCUCGCCUUGGACAGCUCGUCCCACUACUUGCUCGCCGGCUGUGCCGAUCACGUCGUGCGCUUCUGGGAUUUGAACAGCUUGCGGGCGCUGGAGAUGACGGGGCACACGGAAAAAGUUGUCGCGGCAUGUCUCUCCUUCAGUGCCCAACACGCGUUCACCGCAAGCUCGGAUAGCACCAUCAAGCUUUGGGACAUUCGCCGGCGCGAGUCACUGCGCACGCUGCUGUGCCAGAGUACGUGCAACGACGUCACUGUGGUCGGCGACACGGUCUUCUCGGCGCAUUACAACGGCAAGAUCACGGUGUGGGACCGACGGACAGCGACGCGCAGCGGUGAGGUCGUCGCCCAUCAGCGUGUUGCGACGUGUGUGCGUGUGAGUGCAAAUGGGAUGCUGUGUGUGUCCAUGGGCAAAGACAACAUCAUAUCGGUGCGCGACGCUCGCGUGUUCACCAAGGUGCUGUUCAGUACCGCUCCGGAGCAACUCACCGUGAUGAUGAACUGGGCUCGUCUGGCCAUCGCCCCCACUGGGCAUCUGUGUGCCGUGGGCAGCGGGCGGUCCUCGGAUCUCCUCCUGAUCCGGCUUGACGGAAGAGGGCAGGGCGACGCUGAGGCGACCGACAGCACUUCAUCCCCAGCAUCGGUGAAGGUUCUGAAGGCAUUCGUGCCGGGCUCACCAUCUUACAGCAAUCAGGACAGCGGUAGCAUCAAGGGACCCAUCUUUAGCACUGCGUGGGGUGCGAACGAAGGGGGCCCAUUGGUGUCCAUCAGCGAUGACCACAGUGUGCAGGUGUGGGAAUGA